AUGAGAAGGGAGAUAUUAGCAAAGAAGCUAAUUUUCAUUCCUUUUUCUUUUUCUGCAGCUGAGAGAGAGGGAAUGGAGAGAAGUGGGUUUCUUAUUUUCCUCUUUCUUUUAAAUAUGCUGAUAUACUGUGGAGGAUAUUGGAAGGUAAGUGGUAGUUGCUUGGAUUCCGAGAGAAAAGCUCUCACCACUUUUCGGAAGGCUCUCAACGAUCCUUCCAAUAUUCUCUCUUCUUGGGAUGAUGAAGCCUCAGACUGCUGCAAAUGGAGAGGAAUUACCUGCAACAACAUAACCGGUCUAAGUGGCAGAAUUGAUCCAGCUCUGGUUGAACUGAAGCAUCUUAAGUUGCUGGACUUGAGCUACAAUGCCUUUGAUGGUAUCCCAAUUCCACAGUUUUUGGGUUCCAUGAAGGAGUUGACGCAUUUGUACUUAUCAAGGGCAGGGUUCGGAGGGACAAUUCCUCACCAGCUUGGAAACCUCUCUCACCUCAUUUCCUUGAAGCUGUCUUCAUAUAUCUACUCCGACUCCGUACUGAGUGCCAAAAACCUGUGGUGGUUGACAAACCUAACUUCUCUCAAGUAUCUCGACAUGUCUUAUGUGAACCUUUCCAUGGCAAGCCAUGAUUGGGUCCACGUAAUGAACAAGUGUCCUUCCCUCGUUGAGCUACGCUUACCAAAUUGUGAUCUUUCAUAUAUUUCUCCAACUCUUGCUUCUGUUAAUUUCACAUCUCUCCGUGUCCUUCAUCUCUAUCAGAAUAACUUCAACUCUAGAAUUCCAAAGUGGAUAGCUAACAUUAGCAGCCUUGUGUCUUUAAAUCUCUCAGAUAACAUUUUUGAUGGUCCGGUUCCUUACCAAUUUUCACAACUUCCCAACUUGGAAGAGUUGCAGCUGGGAGGAUCUCUCUGUCCUAACUGUUCACAACUCCCUGAAGGCAGUUGGAGUAAACUGAAGCUACUUGAUCUAUAUUUCAGUGAGCUGCAUGGUGGAAUCUCCAAUUCUAUUUGGAAUAUCAAAUCACUUAAAUCUCUCUCUUUCUCAUUCGAUGAGAAUAUAAGAGGUUGCAUUCCAAGAGCUAUAACUAAGCUUGUCAAUUUAGAGAGCCUGUCUUUGUAUGGAGGCCAAAUGAAUGCGCCCAUUCCUGAAUGGUUCAAUGAACUAAGAAAUCUAAAGAACCUUUUUCUCCAAGGUUGCAUGCUGGGCCCAAUCCCUGCAUCUCUUGGAAGAUUGUCUUCCUUGCAAUCUUUAUAUCUCAGUGGCAAUCAGUUGAAUGGGAGUAUCCCUGCAGCUCUUGGAGGAUUGUCUUCCUUGCAAUCUUUAGAUCUCUCAUGGAAGCAGUUGAAUGGGAGUAUCCCUGCAGCUCUUGGACGAUUGUAUUCCUUGCAAUUUUUAUAUCUCAGUAACAAUCAGUUGAAUGGGAGUAUCCCUGCAGCUCUUGGACGAUUGUAUUCCUUGCAAAAUUUAGAUCUCGGUGGCAAUCAGUUGAAUGGGAGUAUCCCUGCACCUCUUGGAGGAUUGUCUUCCUUGCAAUAUUUAGAUCUCUCGUGGAAUCAGUUGAAUGGGAGUAUCCCAGCAGCUCUUGGAGGAUUGUCUUCCUUGAAAUCUUUAGAUCUCAGUGGCAAUCAGUUGAAUGGGAGUAUCCCUGCAGCUCUUGGAGGAUUGUCUUCCUUGCAAUCUUUAGAUCUCAGUGGCAAUCAGUUGAAUGGGAGUAUCCCUGCAGCUCUUGGAGGAUUGUCUUCCUUGCAAUCUUUAGAUCUCUCAUGGAAUCAGUUGAAUGGGAGUAUCCCUGCAGCUCUUGGACGAUUGUAUUCCUUGCAAUUUUUAUAUCUCAGUAACAAUCAGUUGAAUGGGAGUAUCCCUGCAGCUCUUGGACGAUUGUAUUCCUUGCAAAAUUUAGAUCUCGGUGGCAAUCAGUUGAAUGGGAGUAUCCCUGCACCUCUUGGAGGAUUGUCUUCCUUGCAAUAUUUAGAUCUCUCGUGGAAUCAGUUGAAUGGGAGUAUCCCAGCAGCUCUUGGAGGAUUGUCUUCCUUGAAAUCUUUAGAUCUCAGUGGCAAUCAGUUGAAUGGGAGUAUCCCUGCAGCUCGUGGAGGAUUGUCUUCCUUGCAAUCUUUAGAUCUCAGUGGCAAUCAGUUGAAUGAGAGUAUCCCUGCAGCUCUUGGAGGAUUGUCUUCGUUGCAAUCUUUAGAUCUCAGUGGCAAUCGGUUGAAUGGGAGUAUCCCUGCAGCUCUUGGAGGAUUGUCUUCCUUAGAAGUAUUACUUCUCCGUGGGAAUCAGUUGAAUGGGACAAUUCCAACGACUUUAGGACAACUUUUUAACUUGUCUAAGCUUGACCUCUCUUACAACUCCUUGACAGGAAACGGGUCUGAAACUCAUUUUGAAAACCUCAAAAAGUUGGACUACUUAGAUUUGUCUUUUAAUUCUUUGGCUUUCAAUCUACACCCUCAUUGGGUCCCUCCAUUUCAGCUUUCUUACAUUGAUCUAGGAUCAUGUCAUUUAGGUCCUCGGUUUCCUCCCUGGCUACAAAAGCAAAAACGCAUAGGCCAAUUGGAUCUCUCGAACACAGCCAUCUCUGACAUCAUCCCCACCUGGUUUUGGGAUUUAACACCCCAACUUUCUUCACUGAACCUCUCAAAUAACGAGAUUUCUGGCCAAUUGCCCAACCCUCUAAAAAUGAUAUCUGAUGAUGAUGCCUUCAUUGAUUUGAGUUCGAAUCAUUUCAGUGGUCCCAUACCUUGCAUAUUGAAUGGAGUUGGAGUACUUGAUCUCUCCAACAAUCAAUUUUCUGGGCCAAUCCCACCCAAUUUUACAUCCACAAUGCAUAAUUUACGUGUCCUUGAUCUUUCCCGGAACAAUAUAAGUGGCACCAUCCCAUUAAGAUUGGGUGACUGUGUAGACCUCUAGGCACUUGAUUUGAGCAAGAACCGUUUAUCAGGAAGAAUUCCCCCAUCUUUGGGUCUGUUACAUCAACUUCAAACAAUGCACUUGAGCAAUAAUAGCCUAUCAGGAAAUGUUCCUUCAACUUUGAAGAAUUGUACUCUUUGGGAGACUCUCGACCUUGAACACAACAAUUUCUCAGGCCAGAUUCCUGCUUGGAUUGGCAAAAGCUUUCCGGCUUUAAGAAUUCUGAAUUUACGAUCCAAUAUGUUUACUGGCAACAUCCCACCACAAUUGUUAAACAUAACCUCUCUUCAGGUUCUUGAUUUGGCACAAAAUUGCUUAUCUGGUUCAAUUCCUCAAAGUCUUCAGAAUCUCAUGGCCAUGAAGAAUGAGCAGAAGAUGGGCCACUUUAUUUUGCAUGGAGCAGGAUCUUAUUAUGAGGAAAACUUGCUUGUGUCA